AUGAACACGUUUAAAUAUUUGAUUGUCUUAUCAGUUAUUUUAAAUAUAGCGCAAAAAACAUCCAGUCAUGUGGUUAGAUCAACCAGAGAUUCUGAUUUUGAUGAAUACAAUGAAGAUGCUCGAAAAAUUGAUGAACCCGAGGCUGAUCUUUCAGUGAAUGAAAAUCCUGAUAAAAACAUUGACACAUUAGAGGAUGAAACUUUGGAAAAACCUUACUGGGAUGCAACGAGAUUAUCUAAACAGUACAAUCUACAUCGAAAAUUGUUUUUCAAACCAAAAACUCGUCCACCUGUAAUCAAAGUCAAAUUAAGCUCUCCCAAACCAAUGGUAAAACCAAGUAGUGCCUCAACAGUGAAGCGUAAUAAGCCAUUAUCAACACCAAUACCAUCAACCACCUCAUCGACGACAACUACCACAACUACGACGACCACAACUACAACUACAACUGAAUCUCCUAAAUUGAGUGAAGGACUUAUGAUUUUUGAAAAUUUCGAAGAACCAGUCGCUACAACUACGGAGUACAUCACUGAUUCUAUGUUAUUACCAAUUGAACUUACCAGUUAA